AUGGAAAUGAGUGACCAGCCUUAUGAGGCUUAUAGGAUUGGAAAGAUGAGGACGAAUAAGAGUUGUUGUGGAGAGAAGAAGGGGAGUGGGAAGAAGUUGAGCUCGAUGUUGACAAGAAGUCAAGACCAGUUGAAUACUAUAGCUCAUAAAGCAGUAACUCCGACAAGGCUUAGUAAGAAUAGUCUCAAAAUGAGAAGAAAAAGUAGAAACCUGAGAAUUGGAAGCAAGCUAUAUCGAAAUAAUUAUGCUACUAAGAGAGCAAGAAUCACUUUUGAAACUGACGAUAUCGUCAAAACAUUGAAUAAAUAUCAAGCAGAGGUCUCAAACAUAGAAAGAGAGUAUUACCAAAUUGAUAACCCAUGUGAUGCUCCAGAUGAGCUAGAUAAAAAUCAGGUAGUUCCUAUUACCGACUCUGGAGAUGCAGCUAAACCUCUUAACUCAGAUCUCAAAUCAUCUGUUGUAGAAACUAGUGAUGAAUUUGAGAAGCUUUUAUCAAUAAACAAACGAAAUAUCAGCAGAUGUCUCAAGAUAAACGAUAUCAUACAGAAAACAAUCAGUGAGUUGGACAAAGUUCCUGAUGUCGAGGAUAACACUGAGCUCAAGAAUAAAGAGCUUGAGUUGCAGAUCAUGCAGAUCAAAUGAGACAAGUAUAAAUAAAAAGAUUGAUUCAUUGAAGAAUAAUUUGGUCAAUUACUCAACUGACACUUCUUCUAAUAAUUUCGGUGAAGCGCGUGAAGGGAACGAAGCUAGUAUAAAGACUCUAAACAGUGAAAUCUCAGAGCUAAUGGCUCAAAAAGAAAUGCUUUCAAAAUUGUCUAAUAAUUUAUCAGUUAAAAAGAAAGAAAUCGAGACUGAGAUAGACAAUCUCCCACAAAUAGCCAAACUUAAGAAGAAAAUAGAGGAGGUCAAGGCGCCAAUUAAAGAUCUCGAGCUUAACUUCAAAACUUUACAGAAGAAAAAUCUAGCCCAGGCAGGAGUGAUGGAUAACCUCAACGACCAAGUCAAGCUUUUGAAAUAUAAGAAGAUUCAAUGCUUGAACGGCAUUGACCCAAAUCUUGACAGGAAGAAAUCCAACCAGAUUGCUAUCCUGCACGAACAAGAGAAGCUCAAGAGAAUGAAGAUUAUUAACAAAAAUGUUUCUCAUAAGUUCAAAGCUAGACAAGGCAACUACAAAGGUCGCAGGAAGAUACUGGAGUCCCAGAUUGUUGAAAUGAAAGACCUCCUCAGCAAAAGUAAGUCUCGCGAGGAGAAAUCUCUGACUAAAUUGGAGAAACUUAUCCCUAAGUAUUCUGAAGCUUCCAUAUUAAUUCGCAAAAUGAAGAAAAGCAUUCGCCAGAAUGCUAAAGUUAAUUCAAAGGCUUCUAUCAUACAUCGGUCGAGGCAGGACGCAGCUUCUGGGAAGAAUACCUUUGAUAAAUCUGUCCAUCCAAAAACUUCAGUAAAUGCUUUCACGAGGUUGACCAAGGCUGAAUCUGAGCAAUUUUUAGCAAUGGAAUAUAGAAGACAGAGCCGAUUCCCAAGACCUGGAAAUCUGUAACAAUGAGGAUAUAGUUUAUAUAAUGAUUCAAUA